UAUCUCCCAACCGGUAUCUUUUUAUCUUUUGUAUGCUUUGAAUUGAAAAUAAUCCCUAUUCUGCUCUAUAAAGGAUCACGCUAUGAAGAAAAUGUCAACGUAAUUACCCAGCUUACAUGCGACAUUUUAAAAUGGCAACAUUCAUCUGGUUUCUGCCAGUUUUUUAUGCACUUUUCAGUCAAAGUCAGGCCGCAAAUAUAGUGACAAGUAGCUUUGUCAGCUGCCCUGAUCCAGCUAAUGCUCUAAGUGCAAACCUGGUAGCUGAAAGACUAGUAGAUGAAGCAGGAAAGUUUCUUGGAACACUGACUAAAGAAAUUGCACUUCCUGAAACAGGACUAUUCGCAAAGCCUAUCAGUUGUAUUUUGGUACGUAUCCAAAUUGUUUCGUAAACGAUGUGGCGGUUCCUUUUUAAAGCAGCCGCGCUUGAAGCUUUGUAAUCAUACAGAUUCGUCGAGGAUAGAAGAAUAAUAAACCACACAUAUUAUACUUUAAGAACUCAAAAUAAUGUCUAGGCUGAACUCUAUUCAAGUCACUCAGUUUACAGUACACCAUAUUUAGUAUUAGCGACAACAGUAUCUUGUUGCGAUCUCAAUGUUACUAUCAACCGCAAUAAGUAUUAGUCGUGAACCCUGAGCUGUAGAAU